CUGUUACUUAGAUGAUAUCCUGGUGUUCUCAAAGAACCAGGAAGACCACGACCAGCAUGUGAAGACGAUGUUGAAGAGACUGAGAGAAAAUCACCUGUAUGCUAAAUUAGAGAAAUGUGGAUUUGACCUCAAGUCUCUAGACUUCCUUGGAUAUCGAAUCUCAGCGGAAGGCGUGGAGAUGGACCCAGGGAAAGUAAGCUGCAUAUUGGACUGGGGCCAACCUGUCACCAAAAAGGAUGUACAACGGUUUUUGGGGUUUGCCAAUUAUUACAGAAAGUUCAUUCCAGGGUUUUCCAAAUUAACAGCUCCUCUGACUGACUGCUUAAGGGGGAAGAAGAAGUUUCAAUGGACAGAGAACGCCACCGAGGCCUUUGAGGAGCUGAAGAGAAGGUUUGCUACUGAGCCCAUUCUGCGCUUUGCUGAUCCGAACUGCCCUUUCGUAGUGGAAGCAGAUACUUCAGAUUUUGCCAUUGGGGGGGUCCUGCUUCAAAUAGACCAAGAAGGGAAGGAGCUAAGAAUUGGCACCUUGAUUAUUUGCUUAAUCAUCAAAAGAGAAUUUGAUUGGGAUGUAGGAAGACCUGAUAUAAGAGGACAUCCAACUAGCCUGGAUUGGCAGACAAUAGAACAUCCUCUCUAA